AUGGAUCUAGCACGACAGGAAUACCCAGCAUUGUUGACGUCACUGCAGCCUCCACAGGCCGCAGCUGUUCUGAAUGACCGCAUUCGCGUGAUCAACAAAGUCAAUGUCGACAUCGCCGAUUGGUUGCAGGAGCGGAGACGUGUAGAGGAGCUCUAUGUCCAAGGCCUCCGGAAGCUUGCCCGGAGGCCGCUGCCGGAUGAUAGUGCCACCUUGGGCAUCUUUCAAUUGCCCUGGAAGCGAAUAGUUACCGCCACCGAAUCACUUGCUGCCUCUCACGAGACCCUUGCGUCGAAAAUCGAACAAGAUGUGGAAAGACCGCUGAGAGAGUAUGGGUCCAAGAACCGAGACUUGAGCUCAAUGCCAUCCAUUCACAAUGACCUGGUGAACUUGGCAAAGAGCCUGGAUGCGGCCCAGAAAAGGUUACAGAAGGCUAAAGAAAAACGCUCAAAGGGCGCGGACAAGGCAAUCGCAGCCUCGUCUUCCUUGGCCGAAGCUACUCAACAAUGGGAAUCACGCGCGCCGUUCGUAUUUGAGCAGCUGCAGUCUGUUGAUGAGAGCAGACUGAACCAUCUUCGCGAUGUACUCACGCAGCUCCAAACGCAUGAAGCCGACCAAGUAGAACGGAGUCGACAAACCGCCGAAAGCUGUUUGAAUGCCUUGCUUAACGUGCAAACAGCUGAUGAGAUCAAGACAUUUGCCGCCAAGAUCGGCGGAGGGAGAGAAUCGGCACCGUUGAGGAGAAGCAGUUCGGCUGCUGCUCCUCCGCCGCAGCCGCCGCCGCCAGCCCCUGUGCCAACUGCUCCUGUGAAUACUCCUCCGCCUGUCGAUCUGCCUCCGCCACCCCGUAUUCAAGAUGAUGCUGCAAGUCAAUACUCUAAUCGAUCCGGCCGUAUUGGUCGAGAAGGCCCUCCAGUACCGGAGCCUAGGCAGACACCAAAAAUGGGCGGGUUGCGUAGAUUGGGAACGGUCAUGAACCGCCGGAAAAGUGUUGCGCUGGGUUCUGGAACUUCAAUUUCUGGCCAGGAAAAGAAGAGUCGUACAGGAUUUUCAUUCCGCAGAGGUGAUUCGUCUCGAGAUGUGCACACACAACUUCCGUCUACUCCGCCAGGCCGGGAUUCACCCAGUAUUGCCGGUGAUUCCACAGCCAGUCCCCCUACUACUGUUUCAUUACGAGACCCUCCCAUUUUCGAAGAAUCUACCGGUAUUACGCCCAUCCGGGAAGCGACAGAAGCCCCUGUGAUCACGAACGGGACUGCUGCCAAUCUUGCUGAUAGCCAGCAAGCUCAGACAGCGGCAGCCCAGCCGCCGGUCGACUCGGAAGGCUUUACUGAGAAGCCGUCUACUGUCGAUGAGAUCACAAGAGCCCAAAGAGAAGCUGCCGGCUUGGAGGAAUCUGGAUUGAAUCUCACAAUCCGGGAUCAGCCCAUACACGAAGAUGAAGAACAAGCUAAGCAAGCAAUGGAUGACAUCGCGAAUACCCUGCGCAUGCAAGGACUUCAAUCCGGCAUUAGACGAAACGCCGGAACCAUUCGUGGCCGACGCGAUGUGCGAAACACCAUGUUCGUCGCAUCAUCAGCGAGCCCUGAACCAGGACCAGCCAUAUCGCCCGCUGCAAGCUUAGCACCUCCCCCGGAACCCCUGGCAAAGUCUCCUCUUCCACCUGCUCCUGUUGCUCCAGCACCACUGAGCCAGGAAGACAGAGCCAUGUCCGACACAACAUCUAUUCACUCUUCGCACACUUUGCAUAGUAUCUCGGGUCCUGUGUCACACCCAGAACUGCAUGACCCAGGUCUGAAUGCGUCCGUAGUCGAAACGGUGAACAGUUGGUUUGAAGGCGGCAGCGUGAGCAAGUCGUUUGUCGUUGGUGAGCUGGCACUGGCAUACAAUGCUGUCCCAGGCACGACCCCGGAAAAUAGCACCAUACGUUUAGACAAUUUCGCCUUGCUUGAAAAGGUGGCUGCGAAUCCGCAUUUUGUGGCCGAGGUGUCCAACACCGACGACGAGAAAAGAGGAGAGUACGCCGUGUCUCUGGCGAAGAUUGCUCGCUCCAUCCCCACGGUAGCGUUCAAAUACCAAGUUCACCUUCCAUCUACAAGCGUGUCAUCAUAUUCUCCAAUCAUUUUUACACCAGCUUGGAAUCUUGAAGAAUUCCAGGCAAGCGCCAUUAUCCCCUACAAGGUCAACCCAGCCUUUACGGCUGGCGAACCAACAGGGUCGAUCAUUCUGAAAAAUGUCGUGAUCACCGUCAACCUGGAUCUUUCUCCAGAAGACGAAGUCACUAAACAACCGCGUGAAGUUGCACGAGCGACCGCCGCAGUCAUGUAUCCCAACACUGGUGCCGCGUUCCGGCGCAAGCAAUCCGCAGUUGUAUGGAAGCUGCCCGAACUCGAAGUUAAACCAGACGCAGAGAACAAAUUGCUCGUCCGGUUCACGACCGCCGUGAGCUGGCCACGCAAGGGAAAAGUCGACACCAAGUUCGAGUACCACACCACCGACGCCACAUCGCGUCUUGGUAUCAGCGUUGCCGACAAGGGGCAGACUGCUAAAGAUCCGUUUGCAGACGAAAGCAACGGUGGCAACUCUACACCGACACCAGUCUCUCCGACGUGGAAAGAAGUCCGCACCGUUCGGAAAUUAGUAGCUGGUAAAUACGUCUCCUCAUGA